AUAAUGGGAAAGACCGAAAGCCAGAUGGACAUCGUGGAGAAGUCGACAAAGUCAGCCAAGAAAAGUUGGAAUUUCGUUGAGAUUACACUAACGGUGCUGCUCCUCAUCAUGACAUGUGCAGUGGUGGCGCUGGUUGUAUUGUACACCAGCCAUAGAGGCAAACAGUUCUCCAGUAAUUUGGACAAUGUGUGCAUGACCUCGGACUGUGUGGCUGCAGCUGCAAGGAUAAUCCAGAAUAUGGAUUCAUCUGUCUCACCAUGCGAAGACUUUUAUAGGUAUGCCUGUGGAGGUUGGCUGAAUCAGCAUAUUAUACCAGAGACUAAACCUGAAUACAGUACGAUAGAUAUUCUAAGGGAUAAACUGAACAUCAUUCUGAAAGGUGUUUUAGAGAUGCCAGAUGAUGGAGACCGUGAAGCUUUUAAGAAAGCUAAACAGCUGUAUAAAUCCUGCACAAAUGAGAGUUCGCUUGAGGAAAGGGACUCUGAGCCACUCCUAAAUCUGUUGGAUGAAAUUGGAGGAUGGCCAGUUACCACAUCUGAUUGGGAUAUCACAAAAGAGCCUGAUUGGAGUUUGGAGACCAUCCUACCACAUCUUAAUACCUAUUACAAUAAGAAAUCUAUUGUGGGGAUGUUUGUUUUGAUUGAUGGCAAGAACUCGAGUAGACAUAUCAUUCAUGUUGAUGAGCCAACUCUGGGGAUGCCUUCCAGAGAUUAUUAUUUUGGAAAUGGAAACUACAAGAAGGUGCGUGAAAUUCAUUUGCAAAUUAUGAUCACAAUUGCUAAGAUGAUCAGGGAAGACAGAAAUGUGACAAAAAAUGAUACUUUUGUUGAAGAAGAAAUGACCAAAGUCCUGGAGUUUGAAACUGAAUUGGCAAAUGCUACUGCAUGUUCAGAGGAAAGUCGCGAUGUUAUGCAGUGCUACAAUAGAAUGACACUUCCAGAACUUCAAAUGAAAUUUGAUCUCAAUGGAUUUAACUGGACACAGUUUCUUCAAGGGAUUCUGGCUAGCGUUGAUAUUGAAGUCCAUCCAGAAGAAGAAAUUGUGGUUACUGACACUGACUAUCUUCAGAAACUCAAGCGUAUUCUCCCAAAAUACUCAAAGAGUACUCUUCAGAACUACCUAGCUUGGCAGCUGAUCUUGGACCAUGUUAACAACUUAAGCCGGCGCUUUAAGGAUGUCCACGCCAACUACCAGAAGGCAUUGUUUGGUGUUAGUCGGGAAGAAGCUCGUUGGCAAGAAUGUACCCGCAACAUUAAUAGCUUGAUGAAAAAUGCAGUGGGAGCGCUCUAUGUGAGAGAGGCAUUUGCUGGCAAGAGCAAGAGAAUGGUAAAGGAUUUAAUUGAUAAAAUUCAAGAAGUGUUUAUUGAAACAUUGGAUGAGCUGGAAUGGAUGGAUGGUCCUUCAAAACAGAAGGCACAAGGGAAGGUCCUGGCAAUAAGAGAGAAAAUUGGAUAUCCAGACUACAUCUUGGAAGAUGACAAUCCCAGGCUGGAUGAGGAAUACAAACAUCUAAACUUCAGUAAAAACAAAUACUUUGAAAAUGUCCUUGCAAGUUUGAAGGCAAAUGCACAGAAAAACCUUAGGAAGCUACGGGAGCAAGUCAGUCAAGAUACAUGGAUUUUAGGAGUUGCAGUUAUAAAUGCGUUUUAUUCACCUAAUCAAAACCAGAUAGUUUUUCCAGCUGGGAUUUUGCAGCCCCCCAUCUUCAGUCCACACCAGCUUCAAGUACUAAACUUCGGAGGAAUUGGCACAGUGAUUGGUCAUGAAAUAAUACAUGGAUUUGAUGACAAUGGCAGAAAGUAUGAUAAAGAUGGCAACUUGUAUGAUUGGUGGAGCAAUUUCUCAACCGUGCAUUUUAAUGACCGAUCCCGCUGCCUGGUUCAUCAAUAUGGAAACUAUAUGUGGGAUUUAGCUGGUGGGCAGAAUGUGAGCGGGAUCAAUACUUUGGGUGAAAAUAUCGCAGACAAUGGAGGUGUCAGACAAGCAUACAAGGCCUAUUUAAAAUGGGUGAAGAACGAAGGUGAAGAAAUGAAACUGCCUGGCUUGGAUCUGACACACAAACAGAUUUUCUUUCUUAACUUUGCUCAGAUGUGGUGUGGGUCAUACAGGCCUGUGAGUGCCAUGCUACACAUUACUCAUGAUGUUCACAGCCCACUGAAGUUCAGAGUCAUUGGUACCCUCCAGAACUUUGAAGCUUUUGCUGAGGCCUUCCAGUGUGAAACAGGGAAUGUGAUGCACCCAGCCGAGAAAUGCCGAGUGUGGUAACCAAAGAUCAACAGCACUGUUUGUUGACACCAUCAAAACCUUCAACGUCGUUGACUUACAUGAUCGCUGACAAAAGCCAAUAGAUGUGCCUAAUAUUCUCUCUCUCCAUCAAUCACAGCCAAGGAGAUUGUUCUUAUUCUCAGCUACUCCAAGUGUAUAUAAACAGAAAGGAUAAUUAGUGGGUAAUAGAUUGU